AUGAUGAACUGUGGUAUAGUCACUUGCGCGCUCGAAGUGGGCACGUUGCUUUGCGUCUACGUAGUAUUAAAAGUGAUAGUACUUAAAGGAAUUCCAGCUCUCUUCAGAUAUAAGACCGACUAUAACCAAUGCAGAUCGAAGAACGCUAAAGUGCCAUGUUGGGAGAGGGAAUUUAGAUUAAAUAAUGUUGAUGAGCAAUUUAUUAUGAACGAGUUUAAUCAUCUAGCUAUGCAGUUUGUGCUAAGCACUUUCUUCGUAAUAUCUUUUCCAUUGGCUCCACUGCUCAUUUUGAUUGCAAAUACUCUGACUGUCAGGUACAACUCAUGGUAUUUGUUGUUGGGGAGCCGACGACCUCUCCUGCACAACUCCGUGGGCAUGGCUAAUUGGCGCAAUAUAAUAUUCAUGUUAGCAAUGCUGUCUGCACUUGUAAAUGUUUUGAUGAUGGUGUUUAAUACGAGACUAGCGAAGACAACAUGUUAUGAGCCAUACGGUCACUACUACAAUACGCCGUGGAUCGCAUAUUUUUGUACCAAUGUUUCUACAUCAGAAUAUACAAAAGUAGCAGGCCCUCCGGGAGACGCAUUCAAAGCAUACAAGGGCUAUAAACCGUCUGAAUGUUUAUUUCUUGGUAGAUAUGGUAUAUACAGAGAGCGAUUUACUUUAUUAAACUUGAUGUGGAAUUGUGAAACCGAACACUUUAUGCAGUACGGUGCGAUUCAGCACGUUGUCAUUCUACUGGUAAUUUCGAUAGUGCUGGCAAUUCCUAUGUGUCCCAAAGACAUAGCAGAAACUCUAGCAAUAGAGAAGAGAAUCAUAAGUCAGUGUUUCGUGCGCCAUCAACGUAGGGACUUCCACUAAUUUGAAUUAUUUUUUGUUUAAAUUUAUA